UCUGCACUGAAUCAGGGGCAUGGCUGGAAUUAAGAGCCUGUUUUUUAUUUUCUACCUGUUGCAAGGUGCUGUUUGUGGUGAGUGGACAGCCCAGAUGCCUCAGCAAAUAACAGCACUGAGUGGCUCCUGUGUGCUGAUUCCAUGCAAAUUCAAGAUCCCUGAAGAUGAAAGCCUGAGUAAACCAGCCAAUGGAGUGUGGAUUAAACAUGCAUCACAAUUCAAAGAUGCAGGCAUGGUUGUGUUUAACAGCAGCAACACUAAGAACAAACUUGGAGGGGAGAUACUUGGAGAUUUGAUUCAGAAAAACUGUACCUCAGUGCUGGACAACAUACCACAAAGCUUUACAGAUAAAUACUUCUUCAGAAUUGAGACUGGACGUUUCCGUGCAACAUUUCCAAACUCACCAGUCAACAUUAAUGUCAAAGAUUCUCCACAGAAACCCAAGAUGACCGGAAUAACAGAAGUGCUGGAAAAUACUCCGGUGAAUCUGACCUGCACUGCUGCAGCCCCCUGUCACACACACCCCCCUGUCCUGACAUGGACCCCCCAGCUUGGGGACCACCUGGAUCAGCUGUGUGAAAAUUCAGACAAAACCAAAUCUGUUUCAUCUGUCCUGACCUUCAGUGCUUCCCACCUCCAUCACGGGAAGACCAUCACCUGCACUUCAGUAUACCCACUGCAAGAGAAGACCAGCAGCAAGAGUGUGGAGGAGACUAGGACUCUCAGUGUUCUGUUCUCUCCAAAGAACACAACAGCCUCAGUCAGUCCAGCUGAUUCAGUGAAAAAGGGCAACUCUGUGACCCUCUACUGCAGCAGCGAGGCCAACCCUCCAGUGAAGAAUUUCACCUGGUUUAGAGGCACAGGAAAUGAGGCCACAGAGAGAGGCUCUGGACAGACUCUCACCUUCAAUGUAACUGACAGUGAUGGAGGCUGGUACUACUGUGAAGCUAAAAAUCAACAUGGAAGAGAGAGAUCGGCAAAUGUGCUGCUGACUGUGACUGACCCAGAGAAGCCAUCUGUCGUCAAAGUGAUUGGAGGAGCCCUAGGGGCCAUAGGCAUGCUGUUGCUAACCAUCCUGCUGCUGUUUCUGUGGAGGCAGAGAAAAUCUGGAGAGUCAAAUGUCAGUAUGAAGACACAGGACACAGUGCGGCAGAACAAUGAGUCUUUGGACACCAACGAAGCCAUGAAGACUGGGGAGAAAGCAGAGGUCCUGGAAAGUGAGCUGGGAGAGGUCCAGUAUGGUGAACUUGAUUUUUCCCAGCUGCGGGCCAAAGACUGUGUGAGAAGAGGCCAGGAGGAGGGAGUGGGACAGGAGUCUGUUUACACCGAGGUCAGAGUUUCAGAGAGACAGCGACAGGAGCCACAACAGGCAAUUCAUGGGAUAGAGGAGCUUUACGCACAGGUUAAUCCAAAGCACCGUCGCUAA